UAUCUUUGGAAUUCGGCCACGAUGUCUUAUUUAUUGGACCAACUUCGAAAUUCAUGUCAUUGCUUGGAGUGUGAUAAAGUGACAGACAGAAAAAAGAAUGCAGACAACAUAAAGAGACUCAUACAACACCCAGAGGUAGUCCAGCAAUUAAAUGAACUAUGGGCAAGACCAGGGAAGACCAAGCUGUCGUACACCAUUGUUUUUAUGGCAAUACACGGGUACAUCUUCAAGGAGUCCGAACUCUUAAACCACAAAGUUCAAAAUCUCACUCCUUCCAUGCGGAAAACAAAACUACAAAAAUUAAAGGAAAUUUCUGGAUUGUUGCGACUAGUGGUCAAAACUGCCUGCAAAGAUGGGCCAAAAAUUAAAAGCCAAGAAUUCCUUGACGCAGUAUUUGUGAUAUUGCGGCACGACUUUCAAAAAGUUCAUCUUGGAGGAACUUAUCUUCACUUACUUGUACAUGAGCUGCUCACUUCUCGUGUACAAAUAUCCCAUGUAACACCACAGCAGUGGAAAGACAUUCUGUUUAUUUGUUGUUCCUCAUUUGAAAACGGGGACUUUUAUGGCGUAGGAGUUGUACGCGCCAUGCAAAUAAUCAAGUCUCUGCUGUUAUGUGUUCUAAUGCAAUGUCAAAUAUCAAAUUUUGAGUUCCUGUUCUCGUUUUUCAAUAACUGUAUAAAGAAAAAAUCCCAGUGCUCUGGUACAGUGUUAGAGCCCACAUUGACUUGCAUGUUGGAGUUCUGUAAAACCAAAGUAUGCAGCAACACACAUGAGGUAUUACUGCUGGGUAAAGCUACACUGCCUAUGCUAGUUGGUUUAUUAUCAAGCAAAGCAACAACAGAUGUGGCGAAAACAAAGAUCCUGGAAUUCUCUCUUUUUCAGAUUCAAGCAUUGAAUCAUUACUCAUUGGUUGGAGAUACAUAUUAUUGGACAGACAACCACCAAUGGGGUGAACUACUAAAAAAUUUGCUUUUCCACACUGAGACAUUUAUCUGCUCAAACAAGCAUAAUGCUGAUCAGUUUCCAAACUGCAAAGGAACAGAUGUAGCGGUUGAAUUAUCCUCUGUUAUUUUAAUUCAUUUCUUUUCCAUGAAACAGCAACAUAAAAGUUCCAUAAUGCCAGUGGAACCUGCAGACCAAAACGGAGUUACAUUUUCUCAGAUUUUCCAACCAUCUUGUAUUGUGGACCUUGUGAAACAGAGGAUAGAAACCCAAAGUUUGUCCAACGCACAGUGGUGGCUAAAGGUCCUACAGACACUGCUACAAAAACCGGAUAUUUUUACACAAAAAGAUCUUUUGCAUUUUACCUAUGCACUAUACGAGCUGCUAACAAGGAAAAUAUCAAAUGAAGUGACCACUGAUGUGUUAACUUGCCUGUGUUAUAUGUGUGUUUGGAAACCAACUAAUGAGCAAAGUGACAACUAUUUAUUUAAAAUUUGGAGAAAAGUUUUUGAGAUAACACGGCAAUUUGCGUCUUCUCUCGUAACGUUAAAGAAUCUCUCGCUUUCUAAUUCUGCAUUCACACUGAUGUCAUCAGUGUUGCAAAAUGACCAAGAACAUAAGUUUAAAAUACUUGGCAACACUCCUAAUCUUUUAAACAGCUUAUGGCCAGUGAUAUACAUGUCCCAAAGACCCACAAGGGGUUUUCUUUUAUUCCUAUGCACCUGGAUAAAGAUACACGGUCUUGAAGAAAUAGCUGACUCAUCACUUGUGACUCAGCUAAAAAAAGAGCAGUGCAACAGUUUUCAAAUAAAACAGUGCAUGCCUAUAAGAUGUGGUAUCCUGGAUUGGCUUUUGCAAUUUUUGAACUCAAAAACACAGGAUUCAUCGCUAUUAUUAAAGGACUCUGCAGCUUCAGAUGCUACAGCUAUGAACUCAAGUGAUUUUGACGUAAAAAUUGCGUCAAUUUUGCUAAUAGCUUUAUGUUGUGAAGACCCCAGGGCUUGCCUUCAGCGAUUUUUGGCGAAAAGUUUUGAAUUUUCUUUGGUUUCUGUUGAAUUUGAAACACCUGAAGGUGCGUUCUGGUUCACGACUGCUGCUUCUAAGUUUUCUGGAAGUUUCUGGGAAAAGAAAGUCUCAGCAGAGAUUCCAACCCUGGUAUAUGAAGAUGUCCCUGAAGUGUUGCCGUGCAAAUAUUUUCAUGAUGCACUUAGCAAGCACAUAGCCAACAACACCCAAGAUCUGGCAACACUGCAACUCAAUGAACCGAACAUAGAGAUCAUCAAAAAAAACCUGACAACACUGAAUUUGUUGGUCUAUUUAUCAAUGAAAUGGCCUUUUCAUGAUUGGGAAAAAAAUCUUGAAAAAGUUUCGACAGUUUUGAGUGCCAUUUCUGACCAAUUGAAAAGGUUGCAACUCUCAUAUAAAGACAGCACACAUAACAAUGCAGUCUAUGGUGCUUUGACAGCCAUUUUGGAUGGUCUAUUAUCAGCUAAUACUGUCAUAUCUCAAACCUCUAACAGCAGAAAACAGAAAAUUUUGGAAUUUCUUUUAAAAAAGCUUGACAGUGUGCAUGAGGUUACUCUCGAAAUAUUUCGGAUUUCUGUUUUUUCCGGAAGAUUCGAUGCAGAUGCUGGUAAUGGUUCCUCUUCAAAUUGUGAGGACUUUGGGAGGAUGGGCAGUGAAGAUCUGGAAGGAUCCUUUUCCCAACAUCCAAAUCCUCCUCCAGAGGGAAGGAGAGAGCAUGCUGCUAUAGAAAUAUUAUAUGAAGAUGCAAAAGGAAGGAAUGGAGCAUCGACAACCACAGAAUCUACACCCAGCCGUAAAGAAUUAGCAAGAGUUAGCACAAAACUUAUAGUUGGCAUUGAAAGACUGCUGAAGUUAAACAAAUGGACAGAUAUGUUGGACAUAUUUAAUGAUGAUCAGUUUAAAAUAGCAGACGAUACAAAAGCUACAUCUCUGGUCUAUUUUAUGAAGCACCUUGGGUCUUGCAUUGGCCACAGUUUCACAGAAUCUGCUGCAAAAUCUUUGAUCAAAUUAAUGCGAUCCUUAUUUCGGUGUCAUUAUCAAGAUCAACUUCUUUGUGCUGCCUGUUUGGAAGCUCUUUCUCGAAUAAUUGCCAAAUUUCCAUUUUCUCAAGAAUCAGGAAAUAUUUUAUGUCAUCACGACGUUGUAUCGUUGCUUCAAAUAAUUCAGAAGCUAAUUUCCAAAGAGACUUGCGGGGCAGAAGUGAAAAUCGGUUACAUCAUGUGCCUGUCUGCUUUAUUUAACACUUACACCAGCCAGGAAAACAAUUUUGAAGACCCUGGAUCACUACAGAGCAAAUUUGGAGUAUCUUGCUCCAUUAUUGAAUUUCUUGCUGAUGGCAACUCUGCUGUGAGGUUUUGUUGCAUCUACCACUUACGAAACCUGUUUAAACCGGUUCAAAGUGGAAACAAUGCUUAUGAGAAGCUGCAGUUUCAUAAGGAGCUUCUUACGCAAAUUUGCAAAGUCGGCAGAUUUUGCGAUUUUCGAAAAAAACCGUCUCAAACAACUGCGCAAAAAGUUGCUGAGUAUAAUAUACAGAAACUACACUUCUUAAACACAUAUGUUCUCGCUCUAUGUUCUGUUGUCUGUCAUAAAAGUUAUAAUCUCGACCAGCAAGUCAUUAUGGAGAUAUGUAAUGCUACAAGGGGUUUUGAACACUUGGAAAAUGAUAGAGAGAUUUUUGGAAAAUUUAUCGAAAUUUCCUGUUCUGUAACAAAGUUCUUUACUUUAGAGAAUUGUGGUCCAUUAGGUACAAAAUUGAAGAUUUACAUUUCAAAAUUUCUGCCUUAUAUUUUAAGCCAGUGGUGCCAGCACAGGGAAAAUACUUGGAAAAUGUUUCCCUACUUUUUAUUUGGUUGUCAUACCAUGUCGGAAUUCACCAAAACCCACUAUAGCAGUUUUAUUCCUGUUUUGGUUGCGGAAAGUUCUGGAAAAAAAGACAAAAUGGCCGCCGUGUUGAAAUAUUAUGAUAAUGUCAAAGUCGUUCAAAGUUGCUUGGCUUCAAUUUUGCCAUUUGUUGUUGUGAAUGUUGCUGCUAAAAGCAGCAAAACCAGCCAAAUUUUUCUCAAAAUUGAAAAACAGAAGUGCAUUGAAAUAAUACAGUGGCUGGCCAGUGUAUCUGAGUACAACAGCAAAUCACAAAUGGUUCUCCACAACCUACCAAUAGUCCUACACAACCUGUUCCUUAUGUACCACCCUUUAUGUGAAGAUCAUGACACAGAUUUAUGUUGUAUGUCAAACACUGACCCAAACCCAUUUGCAUUUGCUGGAAUAGAUGAAACGCAUCUUGAAGCCUGCUUAUGUACCUUACUACAAUUGUGCAAUGCACAAUACAAUACAGAUGGUCAAUCUUGGAAGCCAGCUUUAAUUUCUUUGUUAGUGGAAAGCUCUAACUUUCAUACAGUAUUACUUUCAAUGCAAGAGGAAAUUUCAAGUGCUGUGAAUGUUGUUGAACAGAAAAGAGCAUUACUAGCGUACCGGUAUUUCUGUUUAUUUGUUGUCGAAAAUUUGGAAUUACUUGGAGAAAUGCAGAAUUUUUUUCUUCGUAGUACAAUAUGUAUUUUCUUUCACCAUGCAAUUGAAGUUUCUGAAAUGGUCAAAUCUCCUGGCAAAACCAGCCACCUAUGUUACCCCACCCUGGCAUGCAUCUGCAUUAACACUUGCUUUAAUGUCUACACCGCUGUGUCUCAACUAGGCAGUUUAAACUGCAUUGAAAUUUUGGCCAGUAGACCAGUAGUACAUAUAGCACUGUUGGCAUUAUUUUCCAUCUCAAAUGCUUGUGACAUGGAUCGGGAUAAUAUUAAUCUUUCUGUUAGCGAACUUUACUUGUUCUUGAUGGAAAAUAAUAAAAUGCAAACAGCUUACCAACCUGCACUGCAUGCAUACCCGGUGUCAACCAGGAACACAUUAUAUGCGCGUAUUCAAAACUCAAACAUUACCAACACGCCUGUUCUGCCAUACGAAAACAGUAACAUCACAAAAACAGAGAUUUUGCAAAUUUUGCUGCAGAGCAUAGAAGACAGUAUUAUUAUGGAUGGCUUGGGCUAUUAUAUAGAUAAUUUACAAGAAGGAAUUCUUCUCCAAACGAUUGAAACUUUGCAAGAUAUGAAUAAAAACGAGCGGAAACGAAAUCAAAUAUUACUUAAAUCUCAAUUCAAUAAAUCACUUAAGUUCUCAUUUGAAAACAGCAAAAUAAAGGUUUUAAUUGGAAAGUUCAUUGGAUUAGUUGGUUCUGAAAUUUGUGAAGAUACGGAAUUGGAGCAGCAACAGCAAGAAAACUCAUGUUUUACGGCUCUACUGAACGAGCUAUGUACUUUGGUUUUCCAUACACAUCUACCUACUGCUAAAGCUGCUGUUGAUUCUACCAUAAAACUUGUCAAAAUAAAGCACAUUCAAAAAUCUUUGUCCAGCAUACCCCAACAUAAAAGAACACUUGAAGUGUUAAAGGGAUUUAACAUUAAAACUAAGACUGAAGAAACAGCUACACAAUGUGACAAAUCACUUUUAAACAACCAGCAAUUAUGGUCAUGCCGCCACAAAAAUUUCAAAACUUGGAUUACAGAAUUGACAACUGCUAUGCUGCUUGCAUGUGAGAUUCAACAUUUGCAUGCAUUGGUUGGAAUAUGCAGGCUUUCCCCAACACUAUGCAGUCAUGUUCUACCCCAUACAAUACUACAAGUUCUUCUUUAUGAUCAAGCCAUGAAAGAUGUUUUAUCAAAUGGAAUCAUGGCUUCAUUGAACUCAGCAUUUGAAGAAAAUAAUUUACCACUGAACCAUUCAUCCUUACAUACCAUCCUGUUAACGCUACAAUAUCUUCGUGAAAACGGGACGUGCAACACUGCAAAUUUUGCGCAACAAUCUUCAAACAGGAACCAACCAAAGGUUUUUGGACCAAAUAGCUUGAGUUAUCUUCUGGACAUAAACUUACUUACUGCAGCCAAGGUUUCACUUAUAUGUGGAUCUUCAUACCAGGCUAUUCUAUACACUGAAAGCUGGGCAGAUUCUGUAGAAGACAGCAUGUACAAAUCUGCUCAGCAAAGCAAUGGAAAUUCUGACAGGGUAAAAUUUCCCAGAGGGUCCACUUCUAGAACUACUUCUGCUCAUAUCUCUUCAACCACCACUUCUAACCCUGUUUCUAACAUCGUUAAUUUCUUGGAUGCUGAAAAAAGAAAGUCGCUUAUACAGUUUCGACAGUUAGGCAAAUGUUGUGCAUUAGAUGUUAUGCAAGAAUUAGGAAAACAAGGCAAAGACGCAAUCUCAAUUCUAACGGAGGCGUAUAAUUUUAUCGGCGACGUCGACGGUUUGUACGGCGUCAUCGUGUCACCCGUGCAUGGCUCACAAGAUGCACCGCUGCUGAAUAUGUACGAGAAAGAGGGAUGUUGGGAUAAACUGCUAAAAAGCCAUGACUUGCUGUUGUCUAUACCUGGUGGUAGUAAGUCUAACAUGGGUGAAGUAGUAGCUUCACUUCAAAACUGUAGCUUGUCACAUGUAUGUGAUAUGUAUAUGAGAGGAAUUUCUAAAGAUCACACUGCUUUUGCUAGUGAUGAGUUGCUUCAAGACCUUCAAUACAAAUCAGUGUGGACAGCUGGGCAGUGGGACGUGGCCAGCUUGCACGGGGUGCACGGGAUGCACGGAGCUGCCAAGACUUCAUUCCACAAGCACAUGUUCCACGCGAUGCACGCUAUGCACAACAACUGCCCAUUAAAGUUUACCCUUGCCCUUGAAAAUGGACGCACCCAUGCAGUUCUCAAAUUACUGGGAGAGCCUCUGAAGUCUGUAUCAUCUAAUCUAGAACCUGUGGUGUCUAGAUUACAAUGCUUGAGUGAAAUGGAAGAAAUUGAGAGAAUAUUGCGCAACACUGGCGACCUUCAACAAGCUGUAAAUACAUGGGUAUCCAAUCCAGUGUUUCCAGGUUCAUAUUCAAAGUUUGAGGAUGUGGAUUUGGUCAUGUCAUGCCGGACAACACUGUUCUCUCUUCUUUUGUCAAGGUCAGAAAAUGAAGAAAAUAGUUUGCAUGAAUCAUAUCUACAACAUCUGCUUAAUUGUGUGAAAAUAUCAUGCCAUUAUAAGCAGUUACAACAUGCCAAAAAAGUCCUCGUUAAGCUCAAGACAGCCACACAAAUGUGCGUUAAUGAGACCUCUAUGGUAGGAUGGCCGUUUAAAAUUCAUUUGGAGGAAGCAAAACUGCUUUGGGAAGAACAGGAUCAAGUGUUUGCGCUCGCUAUGCUGCAAAAUCUAAAACGGCAACUCAAUCCAUGUGCAAUAGUUGACGACCAUGUGACAUUGGUGCACGCUGAGACACUCAGGGUCCUUGGCACCUGGCUGCACGAACUACACUUUGUGGGGCCUUCGGAGAUAUUAGAAGAAUACUUGUAUAAGGCGCUAAAAAUGUCAGAAAAUUUGAUGAAUUCUUUAUCUAAUGAUAAACUGCAAGGGGGAACCACACGAGAAAUUGUAGCAGCUUGCUUCACCCUUGCUAAAUUUGCUGACCAACAGUAUUUACAGAUCACAAAAUACAAAUUAUCAAAUGAAUAUGCACAAAAAAAGGCUCUUGCUGAAGCUCCCACACAAGAGAUGCUAUCAAUGAAAAAGAUGGGCGAACAAUUGUCACGGAAAACUCAAAUCCUGGUUUCCAAAAACUCCAAUCUUGAUCUUAAAGAACUGACGAGGAUUGAAGAUAAAGAGGAGAAGUUCCUUAAGUGUGCUCUCGAGACUUACAUCAAAUGUCUGAAGAUGUCAGAUGAGCAUGAUACCCUUAUGAACAGAAUAUGUUCCUUAUGGUUUUCAAACAAUCUGCUUGCCAUUACAAACGAUAUAAUAUCAGAUGGACAUAGCUCACUACCAUCUUACAAGUAUAUUCCACUUGCUUACCAGUUAGCUGCAAGGUUAAAGACCCCAACCAACGAUAGCUACUUUCAAAACAUGUUACAGGAGAUUUUGCUUCGUGUUACAGUUGACCACCCCUACCAUACUUUGUUUGUUAUCCUUGCUCUCACACAUGCUCAUAAAGAUGAGGAGAAAUAUGCUCCUCCUCCCUCCAAGAGAACAAAGAGUGAAAGAAAUAAAAAAAACACAGUCACCACUUCCACGAUUACAGCUGCUUUAAACCUCCUUGCAAAAGUUGAACGAGUUAAACCAGAUCUUGUGUCAGCCACAAAACUACUUUCUUUACUUUAUAUUGAAUUUGCGAAUUUUGACGCCUCUCCUUGGAAAAAUCAACCUGGCCAAAAAAUCUCUCUUCCAAAGUCGUUACCAUUUUACAAACUUUGCGAAAGAAAUUCAAAACUUUCGUUAAAAAUUCAGCAAGUCAAUUUACCAACCACUUACACACCUGUUGAUAAAACUGCCAUAUAUGAUGAUUCUGUUGGCAUGUCAGAUUCAAAGUUUCAACCAUAUUCCAAACCUGUGGUGGCGUGAACCUUCCAAAAGUGUGAUAGCAACUGGUUCUGAUGGUUUGGCAUACAAACAUUUAGUUAAAGGAAGAGAUGACUUGAGACAGGAUGCUGUGAUGCAGCAGGUUUUCCAACUUGUAAAUAUUCUGCUUGGUAAAAAUCCGACCACAAAAAGUCUGAACAUUCAAACAUAUAAAGUGAUACCAUUGUCUCAAAAGAGUGGUUUGGUCCAGUGGUGUAAUGGAACUGUACCUAUUGGCGUGUAUCUUGUUGGAACUGCGACACAGGCAUCACCCAAUGGUGACCCAGGAGCGCACAUGAAAUAUAGACCACAAGACAUAUCAGCUCUGGUGUGCCGAAAAGCUAUGAUGUCAGUCAGUG